UAGCGCAGCGGACCGACACGGUAAGGAGAAGUGCGCGAAGCAGUCGGACAGUCGGUGCUGCGCUGCAGGAGGAGCAGGUAACGCUCGGCUCAUUUAUUAUGCCGCUAUAUCAAUCAUGUCGAGAAAAACUGCAGCAGCGGGUUCUUUCGACAUCAUGGCCUGCUUGAUCAAGAAGUUGAUGAUCUUCCUGCUCUUGUCUGGAGUUCUGUCCCUGGUCUCCAGCAAACCGUGUGAUCCUUCUACACCUGAGCAUGGGGCACUUACCCUCUCCUUCACAAAGAAGCUUCUUCUACACUCCCAGGAAGACCCCAACAAACUCCCCAAUCCCAGCAUCCACCUGGCUCUCCGCAUGGCCCCCUACCAUAACCAAGGCAUUGAGAAUGAUUAUUUGGGUCGCCUUAAAACACAGCUGCACAAUGACCUUCAGAACUCUCUUUCCAAAGGGCGGCCUGUAACUGGCCUUGUGGCCCUCUAUAUCCUGGCCCUGAAGGCGUCCUGCUACGACAUCAGCACUGUCACUUUCAAUGAGGACCAUCUGAUCCACCACCUUAAGAAACAAAUGGAGCAGGAGAAAGAGCACAUAGCUGCCACAAAGCGACCGUUGACCAACUACUAUCAGUACUCCCUUGGGAUUCUAGCACAGUGUGUGAGCGGCGUGCGGGUCAGUCUGCAUGUGAGGAACAAGCUGAUCCAUGCCAUUGAUCAAGGAGACCUAAAACAUGGGAACAUGGAGGAAUCUGUAGACACACUGGCCAUGGCAGGAAUGGCCCUGCAGUGUGUGAAAGAAUCCAACAUGGAACACGUUGAUGCUCAACUGCAGCAGGCACUGACCACAGUCAAAGGCAAACUACUGGCCUCACAGAGACCUGAUGGCCACAUGGGCAAUGAGUUUAGCACUGGCCUAGCAGUGCAGGCCCUCCUCGCGAUGGGCAGUGAGGUGUCAGAGUGUUCGCAAGCCAUGGAGGCCAUGAGGACAAGUGCCAGAAAUGGCAUUUAUCACAACCCCAUGGCAAUCUCACAAGUUCUGCCUGCUCUUCAUCAAAGGUCUUACCUGCAGCUGAAAGCCCACCACUGUACCAAUGAGGAUGACAGUGUGAUUCUGGAGCCCAAGGAACCCACUGUGGAAGUCAGUGAUGGAAAGGUUUCCCUGCAGGUGGAGGUGGAAGUGGUUAACCCAGAAGGCCACUCUUCACAGUACUUCUUGGAUGUUCCGAAGGGCUCUUCUAUACUUGAGGCUUUGGAACUCCUGCAGCAGAUGAAAAGGAAAUUUGUAUUUGAAACGGAGCCCAGUUUGUGGGGAUCCUUCCUAAGUGUGGUGAAUGGGGUGCGGGCCAGACAGUCAGACCGCAGCUACUGGCACAUUUCCUCAGAUGGUACCUCUAUCAAUGAAGGUAUCAGUGAUUUUAAAAUUCUGCAUCCACAAAAGAUCACCAUCAAAAAGACCAGAUAUUAAAAAAUUUGUAUAUUCAAGAGAAGAAUCAGAUUUUUGACUAAAGAUGAAUUGCACUCCAGUUCAUACAUAUUUUUUUUACACUUUUUAUAAUUGAUUUGUCUUUGUGAAUAAAAAAUAUCAGUCAUGACUGUCAGAUAUGAAGACAGAAUUCGACAACUGUAUCAAAGGGAUGGCUCACCAUAUGAAUUAUUCAGUCACAUUUUAAAAUUGGUCUUAUUGUAUAACUAAACAUACAUUUUGGGUAUCAGUUAAUAUUUUUGCUUGAGUGAAUUUUAAAAAUUCUUUCAGAAGUGUGUUCCGUCAAUAUUGGAGAAACAUUAAUCCCAAGUUUUAUAUAAGAAAGACUUUACUAACAUGAACAAUCAAGGUAAUGCUCUACCAGCAAUGAGAAAUUGUAAGAAGAUCAACACUUAAGUAGUUUGAAUAAAGAAAUCUUGUUGAUAUCUGGAAUGGAUUAAUAAGGAAUAGAUUGUGUGUAUUUAUGCUUUGUCUCCCCCCCCCCCCCCCCUUGUGAAUGCAAGAGUAAAUAUGGAUCAGCAGAUCCAUAUUUACUAUAUUACAUUUUACCUGAAGAAACUGAUGUUCUUGCACACUUGAAGCACAACACAAACUUUCACCCCUAGGAAGGUUGCUUGUUAUGUUUACAAAUUGCACACAAUGUUGGGGUUUGAAAAGAAAUUUCAGAGUCGUAUUACCAAACCCCUGGCCACACCCCUCUGUCAAAGGUAUGUAAACGGCCAUUAACUUUCAGAAAUGUGUGCUGUUUUCCACAAACCCGCAGCAUUGCCUCCACUUCUUUCUUUGUAGAAUGGGUCCUGGGGGGGGUUCAGCAACCUUGCUGGGCAGCAGGUACAAGCCUGCCAGUGGCCUUUAAGACCAUGGGGAAAGUGCACCAAGCAUCUGCUAUAAUGCGCAAGCAAUCUAAUACGUGAAAUUUUUUUCGGGGCAAAAUAACCCUGUUGGAACAGCAGGAAUGGGAGCGGUGGAGGGGAGACAACCUGACUGCAGUAAACCACUCUGUACUACCACCCUCAAGGUGGGUGUGACACUCAGGCCAUUAGCUUCUGGUGGCCAACUG